AGUGGAGCUGCAAAACAAAACGGUGCGACCUUUUGCUCGAAUCGAUACGGCCUCGGACUUGGAAGACAGGGAGAAGUGGCAUGAGAGACAAGAGACGAGAGAAGAGAGAAAAGAAAACAGAGAAGCUCUGCGUGGACCCAAGUACCCAGGUGUUACAAGCUCUCACGAUUGAAACGACCCCUUGGCUUCUAUUGUCUCGCCUUUACAGCUGCCUACGGAAGAAGCAUUGGGGAGGAAAUCGACCCGUGUCCAGCAAACCUAGCAUACCUACUGAACCGACCCCGCACGAGAGCAGCUUGAUUCCGCUUUGGAACGAAGCGCAACUUUCUCACGCGUACAAGCGACAGGAUGAUAUUCCUCGAUUCGACUCCUCGAAUUAUACGAUUUCUCUCGCUCGUCAUUUAUCAUUGGAUCGAAGGAAAGCUCUCUCAGUUACUGCCUGACCGCUUUCCUCGAAUUCGUAUUUUAACCGAUACGUUCCAACUACUCGAAUGGUUUUGUUUGCCGAGUGCCUUAAUCGUGUAAGAUCCUGAUAUUUCGCAUGGGUGACAUAUGUAAAUAGAGAUCGGAUAAGGAAACUGUGGGUCGUUUGUUGAACGAACGAAUAAUUGGCAUCAAAGUUACACGAAGAAACUUUUAAAUAUAAUUUCUGGAAAUCCGGAUCCUCGAUUCUUGAUCAUCAAUUUUGAAUUGGAUUUACUUGAAUUAAAAUAUAAAACUUCACAGUCUGCUGGUACUGAAGGAAGCUGAUAUCGUUUCCAGUUUCUAAUGGACGGGAAAAAUGUCGAGCACACUGCCUGACUUGUAGCGGCUGAAACGACCAGUGGCUAUCAGGGGCAGUUUAAUCAGGGUUCCCAGCUUCAACAUUUCUGACAAUAGCAAUGCAAAAAAGCUGCAACUUUUUUGUUGGGUAAAGUUAUAGCUGAAGCAGGGGCGAUUAGUCGGAGGUUUAUUUGGCAAGCAACGUUUGCAGCAUGCAAUUUUUAUGUAUAUUCUGUCGUUGACGGCUUCGGUGACGCGUGGGAAGCAUGCCCUUCGUGUUUCAGUGAUACUGAAUAUAGAUUUAUGAUUUGCUGUUGGUACUCGUUGAUUUUAUUGUAAAAAUUGAAACAAUCGAGGUGACGACAGUAACAGUGAAAGGGGUUUUUAGAUUUGAAAAGUUUGUAUCCGAAAAUGGUCGAUAACUCGUGAAACUCGCAACACUUGGGUGGCUUUCUUAUCUUGGCUGGAUAUGCUGAUGAUGCGUAAACUUGGCGAAUCCUUAGAGAUUUCGGCGCGCCGUAAAAAUCAAAUCCCUCGGUUGACGGUAGUUCGCAAAGCCGUUAAGCUCUCUGCGCCAGCGAGGCGCUAUGAUUAGACUAAAGUUUAUCGGAAAAUUCACAGUAUACCAAACCCUCCCUGUGCAUUGCACUUUCUCGGUUGACACUCUCUUCUUUUUGUCGCAAAUCACCGACCAGCAACACAAUUUCGUUGUACAUACAUCGAAUAUCGAAUAUAACGCGUGGUACUCUUGUCUAUACCACUUUGGGUUAAAAAAAAAGAUGAAAUUCUAAAAUGCGAUCUAUGCGAAUGCCCUUAAUCUGCAUUCUUCUAAGAGGAACCAAGUGUCUCCAAGACAUAGGCACUAUAUGUGAUAUCUCAUAAAGAAAUAGGGACAUUUCUAAUGAAACUGACAAUUCACAGGGGAGUACAUAUUCCUGGUUAAUUAAUUGCACGCGGGGUUUCUGCCGCCGAGCAGAGUUUGCUCUCCCCUGUUGUCAAGUGGUUAAUAAUGGUUUGGCGGGCUUAUAGUAUGCUAAUGAGAGAAUGCCGGUAGCUAUACUGAAUCUGCGAACACUGGACACACGAAAUUGGUAUACAGCCUCUAUAGGUGCUUUAUGAAUUUAAUCGUAGAAUCGUUCGAUUCUUUGAAUUUAUGAAUGUGCGCGAUCUCGGUGUUACGUGUUAAGAGAAACGUCGUGUCUGCCUCCGAAAAUUGGAAACUCGGUUCGUCUUAGACCCUUAACUGAAAUGUUAAUUAUCAGUGCUAGGUCUGGCUGCUGAAAGCACGAAAUUGAUGACCCUGCGCGAUAAAAAACGUGCACGCCCUCCUGCCUGCUGUACAAUUAUCGAUCAUAUAAAAAUAAAUAAUUAAUGAGGCACAUUCGCGGCCUUCUGGAUCGAAGCUGGCUGGUUCUGGCUGUAUGGCUAGUUAAUUGUCAGGAAGCUAUUUUCCAAAAGAAAGGGGCGGCUAGGUAAAAUAUACGUCCAAAGCUAUACGGCGACUGAAACGUAUAAAUACCAUGUAUAUUGCAAAAAGCUUGGACUCUGCAAAUCACUGGGUAAUCAGAACCGCUACUCGUAUGCUUUUUUUUCCCCACAUUCUUCCGAUCCAGUACUCUCUCUCUCUCUUACUCUGCUAUUCUUUGAGCACGGUAGAGCAUGCUUUGCCUUUAAUAAUGUUUACGAAUAGCACUUGGUGGUUUGUAAAUGUUUCCAACUUUUUCACGGAUUUCUUCGAAAGGUUUUUGAGUUCGAUGAUAAUCCGAAAGCUUUCAGUUGCUAUCACGGAAUGCUAUUGGAUACCAAUAUGCCAUGUUUUUACGAUAAUGAAACCAAAAACUCAAUGACUUAUGGAUAUUUAGAUAAAUAUAUUUUAAUCCUCCAGUUCCACCAUCUUAGUCCUUUUAAUUAGCGAGUAGUAUCGAUUAAUUGAUAAAGAUUAAUAGAAAGACCUUAUGUUGAAAAUGAAUAUUUUGGUUUGAGAUAUUGCCCAGCUAUUAAAGCAAAGUUGGAAUUCGUUCCCGGUGACACGCAGCGAAUUGAGCCUUUAAAGGGAGGUCAGUACUUUCAGUGCAUUCUCUCGUAAAUACUUUUGGUUUUUAGUCAACGGGAAACGAAUCGGCAACAGAAAAUUACCGUAUAAAGUUCUUGUGGGAUUCGGGGCAACUUUAAUGGCCUUACAAAUCUCGGUGAAAUAGAACUAUUUCCUUAGAAUCCUGUCUCCGAGUAUCCUUGUUCUUCCGGCACGACAUUCUUGUCUUCGCUGACCCACAUUCAUUCUCAACCAAAAAAUGGAUCAACAACAUAAAUCAACGUCCACUUUACAUUAGCGCUGUAUUCGCUUGGCUCCGUGGAAGCUAACAAUCUGGAUGAUUAAACCAUUAGUAAAGGACACUCAUUUUACUCAGAGUGCCUGAGUCCCUCGAAUCAUUCGCGAAUCAACUUAUUUUCUGACAAUUAUUUCAUUUACGUUCAUUUAUACAUAUUAGGUAACUAGUAUUAUUUUAGGAUAACAUAUUUGCUUGAGAAUCGCGUUGUAUCAAGUUUCAAGCGAAAGGGCGAGCUUUUCUCUGAUUUGAUUGACGAUGCAUCGUCAUACUACCUGCUGAGUAAUUCAGGUGAUUAAACUUGUCGAAGCAAUUGAAUCGUUUUUCAAAAUGGCAGAACAGCUUUUCCCAAUGAAAUAUUUAUAAAUCGUAAUAACGUUUCGUGCGAACAUAGAGAACCAGGAGGUCACGGACAGCCGAAUAUUCACGUAUUCCUCGAUACAAAUAUUUUUCCAGUUGAUCUCGCGGCUGCAAUUUUACGAGGCCAUUUGUAGUUUGCUGUCGGUCAUUCGCGGCUGAACAUUUGUCAAAACGAAACAAUUUCCGAUACAACUGUAAGCCCCGAGGUUUUAGGCCAAAGAUUUGCGGUUUAAUGGUUUCAUCGAGAAUGACUCGAUUGGGAUGGGCCAGGAGGAUCGAAGAAAGGAAGCGCGUUAGACAGAUUUUAUGGGGCGCUGGCUCAAGGUUCCGUUCGUUUCUUAUUUAUACUCCAGGCAUUGUGCGUGAAAACUCGCUACUUCUCGGCGAGUAAAGUCAAUUGAUCCUACGAAGCAAUCCCAUUUAAGCGGUUUAUGUCGGGUGCCGGAUAUUUUUAGGGAAGCAAUAAGAAGAGAGGCGUCAUGCACAGCGGAGUCGCGAAGAGACUUUUCGUGCUAGCGCUUGCAAUUUUGUGCCGAACGUUUCCUUAAAGUGGGAAAGUGCUUUUCAUAAAGCGACCUCAUUUCGGCACACCGCUCUUUCUUCUUCCCGUACGCCUCUUCUGCGAGGAGCUGCGAUUUAAUUCAAUUUUCAUAAAUUUGUGGGGUUGAAUCGGUGGUUUAUGAUAAUAGCCCAUGCCUCUGUACGAAAACGGAUAUUCCAAAUGGUAAAGGUUUUUCUUUUCUUUUUUUUCCCCUGAAAGUAGAGAGCCUCCUAUAUACAUAUAUCUCCGUAUUUACGAGAAUCGAAGGAAGAACGUACCUUCAAUUAAUUUUGUAAACGUACUUUGACUCGACUCGACUCAAUCUGGCUCUCAAAGACGAGAGAUCCCCUUAAGUUGCCGGAACGUCAAAAGGGCUUUUGGCAUUUCUGAAAGAAUUUAAGGAAUUGCGCGGUUUACAAUAUUCGAGGGAUAUCAGGCCACGCGAGAAUCGUCAUGUCGCGAAAAGAUGGCUGAAACGAGGGAACGAAUCUUCCGCCGCUCUUUGCAAUCUUAGACUUCCUCUUCUAUGCUAGAACAAUAACUGUUUGAGUUUCUGAGGAAAGAGCAAUUCUUGAAUAUGUUUUAAAUAAAAUGCCACUGCGAAAAGUAUUCAGAGCUAUUUUCUCUAAGCAGCGAGGAACAGGACAAGAAAUCCAAACAAUAUUUUGAAUUGCUAAAAUAUUCCGUUGAAUACAUUGCGCCUUAAUAUUAUUCGGAGUAUAAUAAGUCGGCUUCGAGGGAAACUUUAACAUCGACAGCUCAUUCUACCUUUCGGCGGUUCUUGUAUCAAUUUGCAUCUGAUCCAGUUACUACUUACUUUUCUUACUCUCGAGCUUUCGCAACCCCUUCGCUCAAUCCAGGAGCCCAAAUUAUUUAGACUCACUUUCAUCUCUUUGGGUUAGAUACUGUCAGCUGCUCGCAACCUGAACAUAUAACAGCUUCACUCGAUAUCAUUUCUGACAAUAAACGUAUUGAACGUAGGUACGCGUAUGCAAACUGCUGCAACAAUACGUUUCUCGUACGUUGUUCAAUUGUAUCUCGAUUUGGAUAUCGACGCGGAUACAUGUGAAUGUAUUUUUCGUGACAAAGGAAGCCGCAUUCGGAAUAAUAGGAUCAUGUUGAAAUUUCGAAGGUUACUCGUCAUGACUGUCUUAAUGAUGAUGGACCAUGUGCGUCUCGGUAAAGGUACCCGAAUCUUUCAAAAUGAAAAACAUCAUGACAGCGAAAAGACCGUACUUCGUGGACGUUACAGUCGAAAUAUCCCGCUCGACGAAGAUUGUGAGAUUGUCGUUCCACGCAAGGUUAGAUCGGACGGAAGAUUCAUCUCGCACAGUAUACCGCAUCACUUCAAACGCACGUUUUAUGGAGACAGAGCUCGGAAAGAAAUGACACCCGACGAUGCUCUUCACUAUCGUUUGCGAAUCAACGGCGUUGAGCACCACUUGGAACUCUAUCCGAAUAAUCGGCUUGUCGGACCAGGCGCCGUGCUCGAGCGUCGAAUUCUGAAAGGCCACGCGGAACCUCCCAGUGACGAAGCAUUUUUGAGAGGGUCAACAUUCAAGCGGUUACGCGAUACGCAGUGUCACUAUCAGGGCGGAGUACGCGAACAUCAACAGAGCAGUGCUUUAUCCACUUGCUACGGUCUGGCUGGCUACAUCAGGACGAAGCGCUCGUGGUACAUUAUCGAACCGAUGGCAGAUCAUGAUUUCACUAAAGAAACGGAACAUCCUCAUAUUCUUCAUAGAACGAGUCCUAGAGACUUUCAAGAGGGAAUGGAAAGUCUCUGUAACGUAACCGGGAAGUUCUCCGCGAGAAAAUUAAAGAGAGCUGCAGACGUGGUUCAGAGAAAUCUCUCGAGAGUCGAGCCUAAAUUUUAUACCGUCGAGCUACUUCUGGUACUUGACAAGACUCUUCUGGAUUAUCACAGAAACUUCGACGUUGAGAAUUACGUUUUAACGCUCUUCAAUAUGGCUGCCGGUUUGUUUCACGACGUAAGUCUGGGUAUCGAAAUGGAAUUAACCAUCGUUAGAAUUAUUAGGCUAGAAGUAGAAGAGGACGAGAUGAAUUUGUCGGUAAGUAAGGAUGCUGGAGAGACAAUGAAGUACUUUCAGGAAUGGCAACGAAUGAUAAAUCCGGGAGACGAUUCGCACCCGAAUCAUCACGAUUGCGCGAUCCUCUUGAGCAGGAUAGAUUUUUGCAAAACGCAGAGCCUUUGCGGAUUCACUGGAAUGUCGACAGUCGCAGGAACUUGCGAUCCUCUCCGAGCUGCUGUGGUCCUUAGGGAUGCUGGGCUGGAGACCGGCUACCAUAUCGCCCACCAUAUCGGGCAUACGAUUGGCAUGUCUCACGAUCUGGAAGAGGAGAACGGUUGUCCAGGAAUCACCGUCCAUCAGAAUGGUUACAUCGAAACCUCAGUCAUGUAUCCAGGAUACCAUUACGUGACAAAGAAGUGGUCAAAGUGUUCCCAGAGUUAUGUCAAGCUUUAUCUUGAAGCAGGAAUGGGAUCGUGUCUAUCGGACGUUCCUCAGGACCACCAAUUCCCGUUGAUAGAUAUGUUACCGGGAGUUAUGUACAAUGGCGACGAUCAAUGCCGGUUAAGAUACCGUCAGGAUGUUAGACAGUGUGACCUGGGAAUCACUUGUGAGACGCUCAAAUGCGCCGUGCCUGGCAAAGGAUGUAUAUCUAGGAAGAUACCGCCAGCAGAGGGGACGCCGUGCGGGGAGGAAAGAUGGUGCUAUCAAAUGAAAUGCCUCAUGAUCGGCGAACGUCCUGAUGCCACGGACGGAGCUUGGAGCGCCUGGUCUCCUUGGAGCCGAUGCUCUCGCACGUGUGGUUCCGGUGUUGCAUCCUCCGAGCGAAGAUGCAAUCAUCCACGACCUUCGAAAGGAGGCGCAUACUGCCCGGGUAAUUCAAAGAGACACAAAAUAUGCGCCACCGAUCCUUGCGAAAUUGGUUCGCCAUCCUUCCGCGACGUCCAGUGUGCUCAGUUCAAUGACUGGGUAUUCCCGGAAGACGGGAAGAUUCAUCAAUGGGUGGGCUACAACUUACCAGAAAAUUUGAAGGCUUCCGAAAAUCCCUGCGUUCUCUUUUGUCUGAGCGAAACGAAACUGCUGACGUCGUUAAAGCCGAAAGUGAUAGACGGUACUACGUGCUAUAGAGGUAUUCGGGAUAUAUGCAUCGGUGGCAUUUGCAAAGAAAUACCCUGCGAUUUAGACAUGGAAUCCGAUGCUGUUGAGGACAUCUGUGGAGUUUGCAAGGGCGAUGGCACUUCGUGUACAUUGAAGGAAGGCACUAUAUCAAUUCAGGCGCAAUCGAGUCUAAAGAAAGUCAUAGACGUGCCCGUAGAAGCUAAGAACAUUCGAGUUGAAGAAGCGGAACCAACGAAGUCACGAAUAGUCGUCAGGAGCAAAAAUACACGAAAUGUUUUGAUCGAUGGGAAUCGGUUAGGAAUGUUUGACGUUCCCGGAUCAAAGGCGUGGUUGGGCAUGAUACGAGGGAAACAAGAAGCCCUCAACAUACCGGGACCAAUUACAGAGGAGCUGGUAAUACUGGUUUAUCCGAAGGAAAACGUGACACUCAAAUAUUCAUUGGGUCUACGAGAUGAGAAGACGAGAAAGCCCGAGUUCGAUUGGGGCUACGUCGACUGGUCCAAAUGCAACGCACCUUGCGGUCCCGGCGAGGAGGUUUCUACACCUCGUUGCAUAGAAAAAACAAGCGGACAAGUAGACGAUAGUUUUUGUAAGAACAUCACAAAACCAGACGUUAAGAUGAGACCUUGCAAUCAGGCAUCCUGCAUUCCGCGAUGGAUGAUCGGUGACUGGCAAGGUUGUAUUCCGUGUACUUCGUCGUGUAAGAAAGUACGGGCAGUCAAGUGUAUUCGACCUGUCGGCCAUGGAGAACAAGAGGCGGAUAUUAUCUCCGACAGUUUUUGUCAAGGACCAAAGCCGAAGGAAACGGAAAUUUGUAACUAUCGAAUUCGACGGUGCGAGAACGCUAAGGGAGAAAGGGACUCAAGAAGAAAUCAUCAAUGCAUCCCGGAUUUGUUCAAUAGAAUAUCAAAUAAUGAAUCUUCGAUGUUUGGGGGAAACGAAGAUUUGGGAAGAGCUUCGAGAGAGCGUAUCUUCGACAAUCAGGAUAAAGAUGAUCGAUGGGUUGAUGCAAUUGGCAAUACAAUGGAUCCUUUCAGAGGGACUUUACACUCGUUGACUAUUAAAAAGAGAAAAGAUAAGCACGAAGAUAACGUAGUCAAAGUGGAAAAAAUUAAUAAGGGAGAAAUAUUCGCGGACAAGGAAGAUCUUAAGAAUCUUACUUUGACGAUUAUAUUAGAACGAGAUGAGGAUAAUAAUGUUUUGAAUUUUCCAAAAGACUUCAAACCUCAACCACCGGACAAUGUGACGGAUUUCACUCUCGCCGGUAUGGAUGCUGUAAAGUAUAUUCAAAGGAUACAGGACGAGGCUCGUACGACCUCGGAAAUUCCUACCCCUUAGACCCCAAUCAACCGAUAUACCAACGAGCACGACAUUGAAUAUAAACGAUCAGUCGAGCAUUGACGAUCUUCCGGUGUCUUGACAACUUGCGACUCAGUCCAUGAAGUGCUUAGCUCUUAUAUUUACAAAUUGUAUUUCUCUUUUUAAUAAUAAACUUGCAACACAUACGUG